UUGGAACUACAAUCCCAAGAGUCAUGGCGGCUGUCUUGGACUAGGGUGUUUUGUGGGUCAGGCUUGAGGCCCGAGUGCUCGUCGCAAUCCGGUUUAAAAUCCAGUUGUCGGGAUCUGCUUUCCUCACUCACAGAACGCGAGAAAUGGCAGCCAAAGAAAUUUUGCAGUUAGAUCUGUACUCGCUAUUGGGUGUCAGUGACGACGCUACUGGCAAAGAGAUAAAGAAAGCUUACAGACAGAAGGCUUUGAAAUGCCACCCUGACAAGAACCCAGACAAUCCCAAAGCAGUGGAAUUGUUCCAUCAGUUAUCACAGGCUCUGGAAGUUCUCACAAAUGCAGCAGCAAAGGCAGCCUAUGACCAAAUUAGAAAAGCCAAAAAGCGAGCAGCAGAAAGAGAUCGAAAACUCGACAGCAAAAGAAAGAAAGUAAAGCAUGACUUGGAGGCUCGUGAGCGGGAAGCCCAGCUCAUUGAGGAAGAAGAUAUUAAGAUUGCAAAGAAUUUUGAUGAAGUGAUUGCAAAACUCAGGGAGGAGGGCUCCAGAAAUUUACAGGAACAGCAGAGGCUCAUCAAAGAACAGAUAAUGCUGGAAAGAGAGCAGAGGUUGAGAGGUUCUGAUGUCCAAACAGAUUCCAAAAACAAAUCGACCCCGAAACUGAAAUUGAAAUGGAAGUGUAACAAGGAUGAUGAAUUAAAUGGUGGUUAUUCUCACGAAUUUCUCCUAUCAAUUUUGCAAAAGUAUGGCGAAGUUUUAAACUUGAUUAUAUCCAAUAAAAAGAAAGGCAGUGCUAUAGUGGAAUUUUCCUCAACUAAGACCGCUGAGCUGGCUUUCAAGAAUGAGACUGGUUUAAUAAGUAACCCCUUGAAGAUUUCCUGGCUGGAAGGGCAGCCCCCUACAAGCAACACAAACAACCCAGCAAACAUCUCAUCGUCUUUUGUGGAAAGUAGUACACACAGUCCAUUACAGAACACUGCUCGGACUGAACGGGAUUAUGAAAGUCUAGUGAUGAUGCGGAUGCGACAGGCAGCAGAAAGGCAGCGUCUCAUCGAAGAGCUUCAGAAAGAUGAUGAUUAAACAUGCUGCAGGACUGUGCUUUACACAUUAGUUUCACCGGAAAUAAACUUUUUUUUCAUGAAUCUUUA